AUGGCGAGAUUAACGUACGAGUUUCUGGCCACAAAAGGGAUAUCAGACGCGUCCGUAAGUGGUGGCUUGCAUUUCGCUACGAAGAAGCUUCGAGACAUCUGGGCGGCGUCUGUAAUUGCGGAGUUGAAGCAGGGGGAGAAGGCAGACAAAGUCAGAGACGCGGUGCAUGAUGGCGACCAAGAAGAAGAUAUGUCGCAUCACGGAGAGGAUCUCAGGUCCAUGAGAGAUAUCAGAAGAACCGAAAUCAUCUUACCGCUCUGGGUGCCAUACAUUCACUACGGCCCUUAG